AUGGACAGGAUUAUUGAGAUAUCGUCAGUGUUUGUUGAUCUAUUUAACAGCUCGGCCGGCAACCAAGCCUCCGCUGACGAAUCUGAUUUACCGAUUCCUGUACAACUUCAGGAGAUAACCGAAGAUUAUAUACAGAAAAUCUUGACUGCAUGCUGUAGUCAACAAGCUGCAGGUACCCCGGGAUUUCAGAGCGGGUCGGUUGUUGGUUCAUCAGGAUUGCGCGUUAAUGAAUUUAAGCCCAAUCUUGACUGGUUCAAUUGUACAAAACCUUUAUUAUUCAACAAAGAUCUUAAAGGCAAACUUGUUCUACUGGAUUUUUUCACUUAUUGCUGUGUGAAUUGUUUGCAUAUACUACCUGUUCUACAUAGCUUACAACAGCGUUUUACGUGUGAAGAUGGUUUGGUGAUUAUUGGUGUGCAUAGUGCAAAAUUUCCAAAUGAACAACAAUCUGUAAAUGUACAUCACGCUAUUCAGAAAUAUUCAAUUGAACAUUGUGUUGUAAAUGACACAGAUGGUACAAUGUGGAAUGAUUUAGCUGUAUGCUGUUGGCCUACUUUAGUACUCAUUGGACCUAAUGGUGAACCCAUGCUUGUGGUUCAAGGAGAAGAAUUUCACUCACAACUAUUGCCUACGUUUAUUGAAACAGCUUUACAAAUUCUCCGCCAAGCAUCUAUGAUAAGCUCACAUUACAUACCAGAAAUUGUUCCAGGCCGUACAACUUUACAGUCAUUAGCUACAAGCAAACAGUCAUCUGUUACAAAACAACAUCUACUUUAUCCUGGUAAGGUGUUUGCAUACACUAAAAAAUUGAAGAAGAGGAAGAAUAAUGGCAAUGAAACUUUAAACAGUUCUAAUUUAAAUUACCGACACAAUGGUAAAAUAUUAAUAGCUAUUGCUGAUAGUGGCCACCAUAGAAUAGUUAUUAGUACUGUACAAGGUCGUGUUAAGCAUGUCAUUGGUGGCGGUGGAUUUGGUCUUUUUCCAUCUACUACUAAGAAAGGAUUCAAGGAUGGAAAUUUCACAGAAGCUUUAUUUCACAGUCCUCAAGGCAUAUGCUUCCAAAAUGCUCAUAUUCUAUUUGUGUGUGACUCAGAAAAUCAUGCUAUUCGUAUGAUUGAUUUAAAAGAAAAGACUGUUAAAACUGUAGCUGGAAAUGGGAAAAAAGGCCAUGAUAAAUAUGGAGGCCAAAUGUGGAAUUCUCAAAUCCUGAAUACCCCUUGGGAUGUAGUAUAUUACAAGCGUAAAGCACGUCCUCAAUAUCAACAGCAAUACACACCACAACCAUACACACCAAAUCAAAAUUAUCAACAACUACAACAGUCUACUUCUGGACCAACACCAUCCCCAGUGCGCUGUUUAUUAAUUGCAAUGGCUGGUUUACAUCAAAUAUGGGCCCUUUAUUUAGAUAAGACAAGUACUAGUACUUGCUCAAGCAUGAAAUCAAAAUGGUGUUCCAAAGGAUUGUGUACUAUGGUGGCUGGAACAGGCAAAGAAGAAAAUAGAAAUAAUUCUUACAAUGGUCAACGUGCUUCGUUUGCUCAACCCUCUGGAUUAUGUUUAACUAAGCCAUCAUCUCGUAUUGGGUCUGGAUCAAAUGGGUCCGAUCCUUCUUUAUAUAUUGCUGAUAGUGAAAGUUCAUCAAUCAGGCGUAUGUAUUUAGAUUCAAUGGGAAAAUAUAGGGUACUGAAUGUAGCUGGCGGAAGUCCUGAUCCAACCGAUCUUUUCAGCUAUGGUGACAUUGAUGGUGGUGCUGGUGCCAAUUCACGUUUACAACAUCCAAUGGAUGUAGCAUGGAAUCAUAAACGUAACAUUCUGUAUGUAGCCGAUUCAUACAACCAUAAAAUUAAAUAUGUUACUGGGUUAUCGGACAGUCAUAAGCAAAAUCACUAUAAUAACGGUGGUGGAAACACAACAACUGGGGGCAUUCCUGGCUCUACGGGUGGAUCUGUACACACAUUACCAUUACCUGUUAAGUUAAAUGAACCCAGUGGAUUGCAUUUUAUUGAAAACCCUCAAGAUGGAUCCAGUCUAUUAUUGAUUGCUGAUACAAAUAAUCAUUCUGUUUGGGUGUAUAACUUUGAUACUUAUGUUAUUAAAAAGCUACAAUUGGAAUUUCCAAAAAUUCUUGAAUCAUCGCCAUCAAAUGUGGUUGGAACAGCCCAAAUUAGAUUAAAUAGACGGACUGGAGGGCAACUUAUGUUACGCGGACGCGUUACCCUAGGAAGCAGUUCUGGAACUGAAGUGUUGCAAACUCUAGAAGAUGAACCACAUUUGAAUUGGACCCUUCAACUACCAGAUUCAACAUGGGAGUCAAAAGAAAUUAAAUCAAAUACCUCCAUAUCAGCUGUAAUAGGAGCAGCAGCUGAUUUUAAGUACUUAAUUCGUAUACCAAAACAAGAAUGGGAAGAAGACAAAAAUGAUGAAAAUGCUGAUGAUAUAACAUCUAGAGAUGGGAACAAACGGUGGAAUGAUAAAUAUAAUCAGGAAUUUGAAAAUGAAUCUGAUGAAGAUUCAGAAGAUGAAUCUGAUGAUGAAGAGGAAGUUGUUAUAUUAAGAUGUCAAACAAAUGUUUGUCAAGAUAACGAUAAAUGUGUUCCUGUAGAAUUUGAUUUUGUGGUGCGUGUUCGGUAUGGCGAUGAAGAAAAUACUCCUCAAGCGGCUGAUACUUAUUUCCCUUAUACUCUUCCAUAUAAUAAGAGUAGCACCAAAUUAUUAAAUAGAGCAUCUUCUGAAAUUAAAUCUCAUGCUCCAACAUGUAGUGUGGAUUCUCCAAUGGAAUUGGCAAAUAAUACGUCUUCAUCAACAACUUCUAAUAACUAA